GAGGGAAGUCGUCCGAAAUCUGUCUACAUGUGACGUCACGAGAUUUCCUUAGAACAAGCGGCAGCUGCUGAAGCUAGUCGCAGAGCCGGGGAGGACUAUCGCCGCAAUUUCUGUCUACAAAGUAUUAUUUUCGGGCAUUAUAAUUGGCCGCAGCAUCAGCAGCAAUGGAUAGAUCACGGUCCUCCUUCUAUUUUUAUCACUGACUGACUGUUCUUUCCAAAUAUUUUGCUGCGUUGGAAGCACGCAAGCGCUCGAAGGGGGGUGUCCCUAGCUAUCAUUAUUCGACUGCCAGGCUGAGUCACCGCUGGAGUGCCUUGAGAGAGUGAAGGAAGACGUGGAGAACAAGAGUGAAAGAGAGGCAGUGUGAGAGAGACGAUUAGGAGAGUAAAGACAAAGAGUGAGAGGAAAACAGGAGUAGAGAGGAGGUAGUGAGAAGAAGGGAGAAGAAAAAGAGAGAGCCAAGGGAGUUGGGGUAAAGACGGAGAGAGACAACACACACAGAGUGAGGAGAGGAGAGUGGGUGUGUGUCUGAGGAAGAGACAGCAAGGUCAGGACUGCUGACCCCCCACCCCCCUGGGUCUGAGCACUGUGCUGACGGUCAAGGCGAAGCCACUAUGAGCGACCAAAACGUUGUCAAGGAAGGCUGGGUUCAGAAGAGAGGUGAGUACAUAAAGAACUGGAGGCCGCGCUACUUCCUGCUGAAGACCGACGGAUCCUUCAUCGGCUACAAAGACAAGCCCCAGGACGCAGACCUGGCCUAUCCCCUCAAUAACUUCUCUGUAGCAAAAUGUCAGCUGAUGAAGACGGAGCGGCCCAAGCCCAACACGUUCAUCAUCCGCUGUUUGCAGUGGACCACGGUUAUUGAGAGGACAUUCCACGUGGACACGCCUGAUGAGAGGGAUGAGUGGGCCGAGGCCAUCCAGAUGGUGGCUGACUCCCUGGCCAAGCAGGAGGAGGAGGGGAGCCUGUGCAGCCCCACGUCGCAGAUCGAGAACGAGGUCAACGAGGAGGAGAUGGACACCUCCACCAGCCAACACAAACGGAAGACAAUGAAUGACUUUGACUAUCUGAAACUACUGGGCAAAGGCACUUUUGGGAAAGUCAUUCUGGUGAAGGAGAAGGCGAGCGGAACGUAUUACGCCAUGAAGAUCCUGAAGAAGGAAGUCAUCAUCGCCAAGGACGAAGUUGCUCACACCCUCACAGAAAGCAGAGUGUUAAAAAACACCCGGCAUCCAUUCCUAACCUCUCUGAAGUACUCCUUUCAGACCAAGGACCGGUUGUGCUUCGUCAUGGAGUAUGUAAACGGAGGAGAGCUGUUUUUCCAUUUGUCAAGAGAGCGAGUGUUCUCUGAGGACCGCACGCGAUUCUACGGAGCUGAGAUCGUCUCCGCUUUAGACUACCUUCACUCUGCCAAGAUAGUGUACCGCGAUCUGAAGCUGGAGAACUUGAUGCUGGAUAAAGACGGGCACGUCAAGAUCACAGACUUUGGCCUCUGCAAAGAGGGCAUCACAGACGCGGCCACCAUGAAGACCUUCUGCGGCACGCCGGAGUACCUGGCUCCAGAGGUGCUGGAGGACAAUGACUACGGCCGGGCGGUGGACUGGUGGGGUCUGGGCGUGGUCAUGUAUGAGAUGAUGUGCGGCCGGCUGCCCUUCUACAACCAGGACCACGAGAAGCUGUUUGAGCUGAUCCUCAUGGAGGAGAUCAAGUUUCCGGCACGCUCCUCACUCAAGUCUCUGCUCUCCGGCCUGCUCAUCAAGGACCCCAACAAACGACUCGGGGGCGGUCCAGACGACGCAAAGGAGAUCAUGCGCCACAGUUUCUUUGUGGCGGUAGACUGGCAAGACGUCUACGACAAAAAGUUGGUCCCCCCCUUCAUGCCCCAGGUCUCCUCAGAGACGGACACCCGGUAUUUCGAUGAGGAAUUCACGGCACAGACGAUCACCAUCACUCCCCCGGAAAAAUACGAUGAAGACGGAAUGGGCGAGGGUGACAGUGAACGGAGGCCUCAUUUCCCACAAUUCUCGUAUUCGGCCAGCGGACGGGAGUGAAGGUCAUUGCCAGUCAGCCAGUAUCGCCCCCCCCGCCGCACGGCCGUUUCGAGGAAAACACGUAGCCAUUUUAGGAAAAGUCUCCCCUCUUUUCUCCUUCUCUGUAUUCGAGUGCAGACUGGGAGAAGUCGUCUUUUUAGGGACUAUAAAAGGGGUUUUGCACAGUGGGAUAGACUCAAGCUGGUCUCUCCACACAAAAAAAAGUAUCUUACAUUUUCAACGCUAUAUACUGCAGAAGGCAAUGUUUUUGUUAUGUAUUUUUAUCCGUCAGUAUUAGGUUGUCGACCUGUUACGUUCUUUGUUUGUUUUUUAUUUUAUUUUCAACUUUUUUGCACUUGGUUUGGAAGAGCCGUUCUAGGGAACAAAACCAAAAAUGUUGCCUUACGUGUGCAGAUGUUUCGUAUCAUACAGACAGGGUUUGGGUCGGGGGGCUCGUGGUUCAUUCAAACUAUUAUUUUUCUCAUAUACAAUGCCAUGGUGGCGCAUAUUCUCCAAUCCCAUGGCAACGAGAAUCACUGUCUACUAAAAACAACAAAAAAGACAGAACUGACGGAGUUUCUUUCAUUCCAAUUUCAUUGUCACAGUGUUAUUUCUUUUCAUCCUUUUUGACCUUUAAUUUUCAGCCAGAGAUUUCUACUUGGUUAUUGUUUAACAGAAACACUAAACUGCCAGAUACUGCACGGUUCACUCAGGCAACACAGAGCACAACCGCAUUCAACUCAGCUACCAGUUUAGCUUUACACACCCAUCAGGGAAAAGCUACUAUYAAUAUACAAGCCUUUUUUGCAUCUUUUUCCACAGUCAUUUGAUUAAUAACUUAUUUUCAUAGCUAUAGAAAAAAUAGUGGUAUGGAUGUUUACACAAGGAAUGUGGCUUAUACAGGUCCACCUUGUGCUGUCAUAACACACACACACGCUCACACACACACACUAACAUCAGAGCCAGCUCUGAGCUCUGCUGAUAUGGCUUGUGACAGACUAUGAAAUCUGUAUCUGUAAAAAAAAA